AUGGUGUUCAUCUCACUGCAGGACGUCGUUAGUGAGGGCAAUGCCGUCGGUGUGAACAUGAAGCAGAUUGCCAAGCCAGCGGCUACUAUCCGCGUAGUAGUGACCCCAGGUUGCCCAACAAAGCAGCUAGACACUCCGUUUGCACGUGGCAGUCUCUUUUACGUUUCCACGAGACGAAGAACACCGUCGUCUCUCGUGUUGUACGUCUCGAUCAGCGCCGUGCGUCACAAGUGGGUGCUCCACAAAACUUCGGAUGACUUCACGCAUGUGCGCGAGGAUAUUCGUCGAGUGGGGAACGGGUGCAAAGGAUCUGCGUGCUGUGGCCAUGUACAGCGCCUUCUCAAGACCUCUCUGGAUGUCGGUACACGUCGAAGAAGAGAACCGAGCGCUGGUUUACAGUACGAUCAGUGCCAUGUAUUCCAAGCGUAUGCAAACGGCUUGGUGCAAGUCGUGCUCGGUGUUGGCCACGGUCUUCAAUGUCACACCAUGCAGCGAAUACGACACAUUCUCGAGGAGUUUCUUGACAUUGCAAGCCAUUGCACACAUGCUUUUGAUCGCGUGCUGUGCGACGACGAUCCAGUAGCAACAACACCGAUGCUAGUGUCGAAACAGCCUUCUUUACAAACCGGCGUCGGAUGCGGUGAUGGAAGUGGUGACAGCUGCGAGUGUCCGAUCUGCUGCGGUAAUUUGGCCGACGACAAAACGCGGCGUCUACUGUGUGGUCAUAACUACCAUGCAGGAUGUUUGCAAGUGUGGUUGAACCUUCAGCCCACGUGUCCAGUAUGCGGGGUGCAUCUGGGCAAAGAAGUUGAGCCAGAGUAG